AUGCCGGUCAUGGCAGCCCAGUUCCUCCUCCUCAUGGUGGCACUCGACAAGUUCUGGUUUGGGCCUGUGGGACGCCACCUGGAUGCACGCGACAAGGAGCUCCGGGACAAGCUGGCCAGCGUCAAGGACAACAGUGCGGAGGUCUCAAAGCUCCAGGAUGCCGCUGAGAAAGAGCUGGCAGCCGCCCGUGCGGCAGCACAAAAGGAGAUCGCAGCGGCCAAGGCAGAGCUGAACAAGGAGCGUGAUGCUCGCCUGGGAGCGGAGAAGAAGAAGAUCGACGCCGCGCUGGAGAAGGAUCUGGCUGCCCUGGCUGCCGAGAAGGAGAAGACCUUUAGCAACCUGGACUCCCAGGUGGACAAGCUCGCUGAGGACAUCAUUGGCAGGCUGCUCCCCAAGGGCAUCAAGGCCUGA